AUGCCCAACAGCAGCUCUGUAAGCGAGUUCCUCCUGCUGGCAUUCGCAGACACGCGGGAGCUGCAGCUCCUGCACUUUGGGCUCUUCCUGGGCAUCUACCUGGCUGCGCUCCUGGGCAAUGGCCUCAUCCUCACAGCCAUAGCCUGUGACCACCACCUCCACACCCCCAUGUAUUUCUUCCUCCUCAACCUCGCCCUCCUCGACCUCGGAUCCAUCUCCACCAUUGUACCCAAAGCCAUGGCCAAUUCCCUCUGGGACACCAGGGCCAUCUCCUAUCAAGGAUGUGCUGCACAAGUCUUAUUUUCUGUAUUCUUGGUUGGAGCAGAGUAUUCCCUUCUCACUGUCAUGGCCUUCGACCGCUACAUUGCCAUCUGCAAGCCCCUGCACUACGGGAGCCUGCUGGGCAGCAGAGCUUGUGCCCAGAUGGCAGCAGCUGCCUGGGGCAGUGGCUUUCUCAAUGCUGUCCUGCACACGGCCAAUACAUUUUCCCUGCCCCUCUGCCAAGGCAAUGUUGUGGACCAGUUCUUCUGUGAAAUCCCCCACAUCCUCAAGCUCUCUUGCUCAGAAUCAUACCUCAGAGAAGUUGAGGCACUUGUGUUUAGUGUUUCUUUAGUCUUGGGUUGUUUUAUUUUCAUUGUGGUGUCCUACGUGCAGAUCUUCAGGGUGGUGCUGAGGAUGCCCUCUGAGCAUGGCCGGCACAAAGCCUUUUCCAUGUGCCUCCCUCACCUGGCUGUCAUCUCCCUGUUUGUCAGCACUGCGAUGUUAACCUACCUUAAACCCCCCUCCAUCUCCUCCCCAUCCUUGGGCCUGGUGGUGUCAUUUCUGUACUCAGUGGUGCCUGCAGUAGUGAAUCCCCUCAUCUACAGCAUGAGGAACCAGGACCUGAAAGCCACACUGAAGAAACUGAUUCUAGUGGUAAUAUUUACUUAGCAAGAAAUUGGCUAUCUCACUUUUCUAGUUUAACUCAAUAUAAUCUCAGGC